CGGGGACGGGGACGGGGACGCCGGGCAGCCAAUCGAGGCCUCCGCGCCGAGCACGCCUCCACCCCCUGGCGGCGGAACGCGCCCGCCAUCUCCCUUCCGCCGGAGCGCCACGCGGUGCUACCUCUCCUCGUCCCAUCGGCGAACCCACAAGCUGUAUACAUUUCCAGCUUUGCAUGAUGCUGUGACCAUGUGUCUGCUUCGAUGGCUCUGAAGGCUGUGUCUCGCCUACGGUCUGCGAGAUGGCGCCUGCUAUCAGCCAAACUCAUCUACCGUUCGUGCUCAGAUAUACCUGCUUCUGUUGGCACAGGAAGUUCUUCUGAAUUUGACACUGCAAUCCGGUCGCUCAAGAACAAUCUGCAGCCAGAGAGGCUAACUCGGGUUAUUGAUUCUACUCCAGAUUCGAGCUUGGCUCUCAGGAUCUUCAGAUGGGCUUCACAUAAGAGAUAUAGCCUUCGCACGGUUGACACCUACAGAUGUAUGAUCUCCAAGCUUACUGCUGUUGAGAAUCGUGAUGAUAUGGACAGCCUCCUCGGUGAGAUGGUCAGAUUGAAGGCCCCUGCAUUGGAACAAGCUCUGAAUGGGUUAGUUCAGUCUCUGAGCAGUAAGAACCAAUUUGAUGAAGCUUUGCUGGUAAUCCAGCAUGCUACCUCUGCCAAGCUCAAGUUAUCACUCUCGGCUUGCAAUGCCAUGCUGCAUGAUCUGGUCAAGCAAGGGAGUGGCCUGCGGUUGUUCAUGCUUGUGUACAUGGAGAUUGUGAAGUCUGGAGUGCUUCCUGAUGUGGAAACACUGAAUUGGUUAAUUCAGGCCUUGUGUGAAUCAGGCCGUGUAGACCUGGCACUGAUUCAGUUUGACAGGAUGAGCAAGAAAAGGUGUUCUCCUAACAGUCAUACUUUUGAGAUACUCAUCGUAGCGCUUUGUUCCCAUAACAGAGCAGAUGAAGCUGUGGACCUCUUCUAUAAGAUGCUGCAACUAAGAUGCACCCCUGAUGGUAGUUUUUAUGCUCAGGUGGUGCCCCUAUUUUGCAAGUUCAGUAAAGUCAAGGAGGUGACUAAGUUGCAUCAAAUGAUGAAAGAAGAUGGCCUUCAGUUGGAUGUGCAUUUGUACAGUGUCCUUAUUAGAUGUUUAUGUGAGAAUCAAUUAUUGGAUGACGCGGUAAUGAUGCUUAACAAAAUGGUAGCAUCAGGUCAUGCUCCAAGGGUAAGUGCAUAUGUGGACAUUGUGGAUUGCUACUGUACAUCAGCCAAGUUCCACAAGGCUUUGAGCUUUCUAGAGGAAAAUGAUGUCACAGAAUCAGAACCAUAUAAUGUGCUGCUGAGAUGGUUGUGCACAGAUGGCAGACUGCAGGAUUCAGUAAGAUAUCUUGAGAAAUUGCACAACAGAGGUUUGGUUGAUUGUGAGUCAUGGAACAUUGUUAUAACUCACUUCUGCAAUCAAGGGAACAUUAGAAGAGCAUCUGAGCUCAUUGGUAGAAUGGUUGUUUCUUCAUUUGCACCAGAUGAGAGUACCUAUUCUGCUAUUAUAUCUUGUUACUGUCGAUUAGGCUUGCACAUAGAUGCCUUGGGUAUGUUCAGAAGGGUGAGUGUUAAUGACUUGUCCUUGAAUUCCGAAUCUUUCUCACUACUUGUUGAGGUUUUGUGUCACACAGAGAGGAACCCAGAAGCUAUUGAGGUUUUUAAAUAUCACUGUAAAAGAGGUCGCAGUCUGACAAACAAAUCACUUGAUAUGCUAAUUCAAGGGAGUUGUUUGUCUGGAAGGAUCCGUGAAGCAGUCCAGUUGCGUUCAUUAGCUGUUUGCACUGGCACUUCUUGUACAUUUUUCACUUAUCACAGAAUUAUCCAAGCACUACUCCAUUUGAAUAAGGAGAAGGAUGUAUUGGUUGUCUUUGCACAAAUGGUGAUGGAAGGUUGUCUAUUGGAUGGGUGCGCAUACACUAGUCUGUUGCGCUCUUUCCUCACCAAGGAAACAAUUUUUGAGGCUGCCAUCUUGUUCAACAGAAUGGUGAAUCAGGCCUUUGUUCCUGACCAAGAGACGUUUGAAUUAUUAGUCAAUGAUAUGGCCUUGUUUUCUUUUCUUAACUUGGUUGCACAAAGUUUACUGAAAGUGGUAAAUACAAGGGGAACAGUGAGCCCCAGAAUAUAUAACAUUAUUAUUUACGGCCUUAUUAAAGAAGGCUUCAAGAACGAGGCAUGUAAGUUUCUGGAUCGAAUGCUAGAAAAGGGGUGGGUACCUGAUUCAAGGACACAUCAGGUCUUGGUUGGCGAUAUUGGUGGAGAGGAGGAUAGAGAAGUUGAUCAACUCUACCAGACAGUGGAUGAUGACAAUGUGAGCAACAUAUUGUUGGAGGGGCUAGAUUGAGGAUCCGAGAUUUUAGUCGUUGUACUAUGACAAGGAGAGGAAUGCCAUUGAUGAUUUGAACUCUAUAUUUGGUACAAUGUUUGAACUUGUAGGAUACAUCGCUGUCAGUGCUUCUCACUCUAAACUUUCAAUGUGGAAGCACAGCAACACCCCAAACAUUACAUGGACCACUGGGACCUCUGCUAACAAGCAGGGGUGUUACAAUAAGAGUUUAUGAUGGGAAAUUGGUCCUGAAUGAACAAUGCACCAUGUCUUCUUAUGGACUUACAAUAUGAGUGCAGACAAUAAUAUCUUCUUGGCAGGCAUUUUAUCAGUGAGACCAAGCAGAAAGAAAGGAGGCGGAGAAGAAAAAAAAAAUAUAAGAUCCAGCUAGGAGGAACAAUAAAUUGGAGAGCGACAUUACUUGUCCCAUAGGUUGAAACCUCAAGUUCUAUCUUCAGUCUCCAGCUGAAGCCAAGGUGUUAUCUUUCCGUAUCUAUCCAGAUGAAGCGAGAUGCCCAGUUUCUGGAUAGAUCACAAAAGCACUCAUGCUCUGACCCUCUGGCUGCGGGCUGGGGCAACCCCGAAUGUACGGCAAACUCUGGAUGUGAAACGGCCAAUGCCUCCUUGGUAAAGCUCACGGCCAAGUCCUGCACAGGAUCUGAACCAUUAAACUUCAGUGCUGAAAUAUGCUGCGCCUACGAGUGUCUAUUCAUUGCUGAUGGUGUUAGAAAAUGGUGUCGUCUCCUGUCUCCGUGUGACUGACCUUAGAUCAUGUGCAAUCAGCCUGCCCUGUGCUAUGUGAGUGGUGUCUGUUGAUAAGUUGUAUGCUAAGUCGCCAUGAGACCUUGAAACUGUUGCCAAUUCUGAACUGUAAAACAUCAGCGUAUUUGCUAAAUUGGUGGCGGAGAGAUUUUUGUUGUUACAUUUUUCUACUUACUGGCGUUAUUGAUCUGAUGAAUCCAUUGGUUCUUUUGUUAUCA